GCUACUCCUACUCCCUAUGAAUUAACACCUUGGUCGUGCAACUUCAGUGUGUCUGUGUGCUUAAAUAGCCGGUUAAGCUACGCUAAAAUUUAAAAAAUAUAUAACAACUGUAACAAGAUGGCAAUGAUUCUGGCAUACUGGGAUAUCAGAGGGCUCGCUCAGCCAAUCCGCCUGCUGUUGGAGUACACGGAGACGAAAUAUGAGGAUAAACUCUACGCUUGCGGGGAAGCUCCCAAUUAUGACAAAAGUUGUUGGUUUGACGAGAAGUCCAAACUUGGGAUGGAUUUCCCCAAUUUGCCUUAUCUUGUGGACGGAGACAGGAAAAUAGUCCAAAGCAAUGCCAUCAUGAGAUACAUUGCUCGAAAGCAUAACCUUUGUGGGGAGACGGAGGAUGAGAAGGUUCGGGUGGACAUCCUUGAAAAUCAAGCAAUGGACUUCCGUAAUGGCUUUGUCAUGCUCUGCUAUACAGAAUAUGAUAAAAUGAAGCCUGGAUACUUGAAAAAACUCCCUGACACCCUGAAGCUAUUCUCUGAUUUUUUGGGAGACAGGAAAUGGUUUGCUGGAGAUAAGAUUACCUUUGUGGACUUUCUCAUGUAUGAGCUUUUGGAUCAACACCGUAUGUUUGAGCCCAAAAGCCUGGAUGAGUUCAAGAACCUUAAGGAGUUUCUGGACCAUUUUGAGGGGCUUGAAAAGAUAGCAGCCUACAUGAAAUCAAGCAGGUUCAUCAAGACUCCAGUGAACAAUAAAAUGGCGAAGUGGGGCAACAACAAAGAGUGAAACUACUUUGACAAACAUGUCUUGUGAAGACAUCCCUGUAGUGGAAGCUCAUAGGUGGUACAAAAAACAUUUCCAUAGUAUUCAUGUAGCAUAGAAUUUUAUUUUUAUUUUCUACGGACAUGUUUUGUCCAUACAGUGCUGUUUUAAGUUCCAGUGUUUUACGGGGUCUUCAGAAGACGAGUAGUGUUUUGUAAUUUGUUGUCCAGGUCUAAGGCCAAUUUAUGUUCUGCUUCAAAGAAUAAGAAUGAGCACUUAAUUUUGUCAUGUUUAUAUUCUGAAAUUUGUAUUGUGAAACAAUAACUGCAAGAGCAAUCCUUUGACUUAAUAAAAGUGGACGUCUUUUCA